AUGGCGACCGGAACAAUUAUACAACCCCAGACGACUAGCCUGACUUCAAACGAUACCGCAGUGCUGUCUGCCCUGUUUGAUCCCGAAUCCUCACCCUCGUCAUCGAUCUCAAUCUCAAACGUGGCACCUACUCUACCACACAUCCCCAACGCAAUAUUACCCGACUUGCAACAACGUGAGAUAAGCGCAAUCCAGUCUCUGAACACCGAAUCACCAUCACAGCCGUCCAUCGAAAGCUCAAUAUCAGAUCUCUCCGUCCUCAUCAACGAGUAUCCGAAAUAUGCUCCGGCGUACCUAAACCGCGCGCAAGCAACGCGCCUCCUCAUUGGAGAGGAAACCGAUCUUUUCCACCCUCGCAACAACGACCUCAUAUCCCGUGCCCUUUCUGACCUAGAAAAAGCGAUAUCUCUCGCCUCCCCUUCAUUCCCUCCAGAUCCUCUCUCGGACCUACAAGCAUCCCUCCUCUCGAAAGCCCAUACUCACCGCGGCUACCUCUUACUCAAAGCAUCGCAAGCAGUCCGUCAAGCAGGGCUAUCACUACCUACCGAUCUCGCCGGAUUGAGCGGUGAAGAAUUGGAGGAGAUGGCCAGCAAGGAUUUCUCGCUUGGAGGCAAGUAUGGGAACAAGAUCGCCAGGGAGAUGAGCGUAAAGACGAAUCCAUACGCCAAGAUUUGUGGUGCGAUUGUGAAGGAGGCGAUGAGGAAGGAGAGGGAGGAUUAUGCGAGGGGAUACCAGUAG